ACUGUAGUUGUUUUGGAGAGAAGAAAAGGGCACAGACGGAAGAUUUACCCAAAAUAAUACCGGGUUCGACAGAUUUUUAUGACCAAAGUAUAAUUUUUUACGUUUUGAAUCAUGUCUACUCCGGCUAGAAGACGACUUAUGAGAGAUUUCAAAAGACUUCAAGAAGACCCACCAACUGGUGUGAGUGGUGCUCCAUCAGAGAAUAACAUCAUGCUUUGGAACGCGGUUAUUUUUGGGCCUGUGGCUACACCGUUUGAGGAUGGAACUUUUAAGCUUGUGAUAGAAUUUUCAGAAGAGUACCCUAACAAGCCACCCACGGUUCGAUUUAUCUCCAAAAUGUUUCACCCAAAUGUUUAUGCAGAUGGCAGUAUAUGUUUAGACAUCCUUCAGAAUCGUUGGAGCCCCACAUAUGAUGUGUCGUCCAUUCUGACGUCUAUCCAGUCGCUGUUGGAUGAGCCAAAUCCUAACAGUCCAGCAAACAGCCAGGCUGCACAGCUUUAUCAAGAAAACAAGCGGGAGUAUGAGAAGAGAGUUUCUGCCAUCGUGGAGCAGAGCUGGGUGGACUCCUAACACAUCUUCCACCCCGGCUUCUCAUCACUCGUAUCAAAUACUUACAUCUUUCAUUUAGCUCCUCCAAGAAAAGAAGUCAACAUCAGAAGAACUAAAGUGCCACCAGAAAAUAAUAAAAAAAACAAGUAGGGACUUUUACUUGCUUGCCAAUACAACUGAGGAAAAUCUGAUUAUUAUUUUUUUUUUAUUGCAUGAUGUGAAAUAAGUUAUUGCAAGCAUAAUUUGUAAUACAUAUUUUUUGUUGGAUUGAUGCUGUUACUGUUUAGUUUAUACAGACUUUUUUAACAUCUCUUGGUUUGAACAGAACUUAAUUGGUAGAAAACCAUAAAACAUUAUUUGUUGAGUGGCUUCCUCAAAUUCUGCAUUGUUUGUCAUGUAGCAUUAAUUUGAAACCAAUUGUCCAGCUAUAAAGCAGACAGAUUCUCUUGCCCCAAUCCUGGUAGUAGUUUCAAAUUACCUUCCUGAAUAAAAGGAGUCAGUACUAUUCAUCACGAUAACUAGGGCAUUCUGCAUGUUGACAAUAAUAAAGAAACUGGUCGCCAACCUUUUCU